AUGCAAGAAGACCUAAAGAAACUGUAUCAGGCUUCUCCUCAUCCAUCGUUCUUGAGGAACGAACCAAAGAAGGUUCCAGAAAAUACUGAGUCUUUAGGAAAGAAUAUCUCUGAUGAUGUUGAGCAAAGUGAUGCUCAUAAGGAGUCAAAUGUUGACAAACCCUUAGAUAAUGUGGCUGGUGAGGAAGUUCAUGUCAUUCAUGAUGUCAGUGACAACCCUAACUGUGAGGCUGAAACAGUAGACCUGGAGGAAUUUUCUGAUAAUGAGCUGUUGUCCUCUGUCCUCCCUAGCAUAGCCAAAAGGGUUAGGACUAGGAGAGAAAAGAAAACUGUGGCUCAAAGGUGGAAAUAUGUUUAUCAGAAGAGGCUGACUUUGGAAAGGGAAUUAGCUCAGAAUGUCCUAGACUGUAAGGAUAUUAUGGAUCUUAUUCAAGAGGCUGGUUUAAUGAAGACUGUGACUCAGUUUUCAAAGUGCUAUGAGAUGUUGGAAAAGGAAUUUAUUGUUAAUUUGUCUGAAGAAUGUGUUGAUGGAAAGUCGAAGGAAUUCAGGAAAGUGUAUGUGAGAGGUAAGUGUGUAAAUUUCUCUCCUUCAGUGAUCAACAAGUAUUUGGGAAGGCCUGAUGAAGCUCAACCUGAGCUUGAGGUAAGGAAGUGGCCUCUCAAAGGAAAAUUGGUGGCAAGUAAACUGAGUGUCAAGUAUGCAAUGUUGCACAAGAUUGGAGUUGCUAACUGGGUGGCCACCAAUCAUAAAUCUACAGUUGCUGUAAUGCUUGGAAAGUUUAUAUAUGAUGUUGGAACCAAAGCCAAAUUUGACUAUGGCUCAUAUAUUUUUGAUCAAACUUUGAAGCAUGCAGGAAGCUUCAGUGUGAAGGGUCCUAUAGCCUUUCCUUCUCUCAUCUGUGGUAUUGUUUUGAAUCAGUUUCCAAACAUCUUAACUGAGAAUGAUUCUGUGAAGAAAAGAGACAGCCUUAUGUCUUUCAAUCAUAAGUUGUUCCUAGGUACCCAUGUCCCUGACAUUGUCAUGACAUCAGGUGAGACAUCACAUGUAAGAAAUCAUCCAGGUAAAGCUGCUGUCAUUGCAAUGCUCAAAGAAACUUGCAGGGAAUUAGAGGCAAGGAAGCUGAACUUGGAAAAAUUGAUUAGCUCUUUGGAGAUGACUGAAGGUGAUGUGCUAGAUGAUGGUGGAGAAUUUGGUGAAGCUGUUGUUGUUGCAGAAGAAGCUGAAAGACAAGGUGAAGAGGGAGAAGCAGAUGCCAGUCCUGAUGAUGGCACAGAUGCUGAUGCUGACUCUGAGUCAGAUGACUAG